AUGGCCGUCAGACGGGUUCUAUCGCCUUGCGCACUCAUCCCUUCCUCACCAGGCGGUAUGAUCCCUGUACUAUCAAAAAAUCACAUCCAUCCAUACACAAUUCAACCACACCAGCAAGCGCGAUCGUUUGCUUCUCGCUCUCCCCCCAAAGCCCCUUCCUACGCCGAAGUGUUCACUCUAUCAGACAUUCCGCUCAGCUCCUUCGAAAGCGUAAUCUCUCGCAACGGCAGCUCAUUCACAGAUCUUUCCCCAGAGGAAUACUACAGCGUCGCUCAGAAAUUCUCCGACGCAAUCAACCGCGGGUCUUCCCCUUGGACCUCUUCAUUCACAGGCAGUACGUUGACUCUUUCGCCGCCAAGGUCCUCGCCCGCUCCCAACCACAAGACUAACUCAACGCCAGAAGAUGCCAUCCCCGCAGAAACUCUACACAAUGUAGCCUGCAUCAUGCGGCAAAUCACCGGGCCCCGAAGCGCAGACGCCUUCGCCACCGCCCUCUGGUCAACCGCCUCCGAAAUGGGCUACCGCCCAUCCACGCUCUCCCUCGCCCGGCAACUCGUCCGUUCCGGGGCAUACGGGAGAGUUCCGCAGCUGCGCAGGGUCGAAGCACGCUUCAAGGGCCUGGUUUCCAGUGGUAAAGACGCGGAUGCGCUCACUGCCGAGGGGGAGUUGCUGCUGGAGCAGGGACGGCUGGAUGCCGCCGCCGCGGCGUUGAAGAAGGCGCUGAAGCUGAGCCAGGGGUUUGAAUGGCGACCGUAUUGUCAGUUGUGCCUGGCAAGGACAUACUUGCAGAUGGGGAAAUUCGAUGACGCCCGGGGGCUGUUUGAGGAGUUGGCCGAGGAAGGGGUUGUUGAGGCUGACAUGGAGUUAGCCGAGAUGCUCAAAGGUAGUGACGUGGAUGAGGCACGGCAGAGGAUGUACACCGCUGCGUGUAAUGGGAGGAGGGAUAUGUUUACGCGACUUUCAGAGAUGGAAUUGGAGCUGGAGACGGUUGGCGGUGAGGAGGAUGGCGCGGAGAGGAAGUUGUGGGCGACGGAGUGGUCAAAACUCGCAGACGGGCGGGUUGAAUAUUAA